AUGGAGGUAGGAAAUGUAAAAUUUCUGGAUUCUCUCAAUUAUUUUCCUAUGCCUCUAACUGCUCUACCCAAGGCGUUUGAUUUGAAAGAGCUAAAGAAAGGAUACUUUCCACAUCUAUUCAACACUUUGGCUCAUCAGAAUUAUCUAGGGCCAAUUCCAGCGCUCGACUUCUACGAUCCCGACCAUUUAAAAGAAGACACUCGGGAAAAAUUAUUAAAAUGGCAUGGCGAAAGAGAAGCGGAGGGAUACGUUUUUGAUUUUCAGAAAGAAAUCGUUGAAUACUGUAUCUCCGAUGUGGAAAUAUUGACACAGGCGUGUCUCAAAUUUCGAGACCUGAUGAAAACCGAAACCACAGUCGAUCCCUUCCAGGAAAGCACCACUAUUGCAUCAUGCUGUAACAAAGUCUUUAGACGCAAUUUUUUAAAACCUGAGACGAUCGGGGUAAUUCCAAAAGGGGGCUAUAGAUGGCGUGAAAAUCAGUCAAAAAUUGCCAUCCAAUGGAUGUUGUGGGAGGAACAUCAAAGAGGAAUCAAAAUUCAACACGCCGCUAAGGGUAUAGAAACCAUUGUUAAGGGACAUAAAGUAGACGGUUUUUUGUAG